CGGUCCUAUGGGCACCGCGCCACCAGCAGCUCCACGUUCGCCAUGUCGGCCCCGGAGCCGGAGCCCGCGGAGCCGGGCGUUGCUUCUGGCGCGGCUGAGCUAGGGGUCGCUUUGGAGCGGGCGGCCGGGCCCACGCUGCUUCACUUCACCCGAGAGGACGGCCGCGUCCGUGCGCUCCGCGCAGAGGAGGAGGUCUCGGCACGGCAUCUGGCGGGGCGCUUCCUCGCGGAGGAGGCGGCGAAGCGGCGCAAGGUGACGGGCUCGAAUUUGGACGAGCGCGCCCGCCUGCUGCGGGAGAGCCAGCACCAGGCGGCAGAGCAGAUCUUGCGCGCGAGCAAAGUGGCGGAGCUUCUCUCAGUGCCGGGCGAGAUACGC